CGCGAAAUAUUCUGUGAGAGAACAACUGUACAUUUCAGGAAGUCAAAGAUAACCCUUCUCUUCUUCAGAAGCAAUUAUAUCGUUAUGAUAUAACGACGGAGGAUUGAACAGCACGAACGCCCAGUCAGUGUGUGAAUUAAAACUGUUCACCCACCAUGUGGCAAUCACUGGAGUUUAUUUACACGGUUAAACUGACAGAUAUAGGUUACGUAUUAUGCUCGGGUAUAUACAGUACACACGUACAUCCUGUUGGUAAUCUGCACCAUGGCAGGACACUCCAUACUACUAACAUGUAUUCAUGUUCUGAUCAUCACCGAAAGUUUGUCAGACUAUAAAUUUACCAAAGGAAUCGAUUGCUCAUUGGAUUACCAGAAUCUCUGUAGCGUCAACCAAUCAACACUCGGGAAAGAGAGUAAGCAGGCUUGCGGAUGUGGCUUCGUCAUCAAUGUGUGUCCGUCCUCAGACAAUGACAUCUUAUUUUCUUACAAACCUCCACUUGAGAAAUAUGGAAUAGCGGAAGGCAAUGUAUUCCUGAAUUUAUAUGAGGGCACAGAAAGCAAGGAGUAUGACAUGUUCCGAAUCUCUCUUUCACAAAAGUAUCCAUGCCGGUUUACACGUGUAUUACCCGGGGAGUAUGAGAUAUGGAUGUCUCCGAUAGAUCCCAGCCAUGACUAUCCCGACUACGAGGACAAUUGUGACUGUUUCGGAUACAAUUUCCAAAGCGACAAAUUUUUUGUUAAUUCCAAUAUCACAGAAAUUAUCACUACUGGUCCGAAAACCACUACCGCUGUCAGAACCAGCAGCUACGUCGUGACCACAACUGGAUCUACAGAUGCAUUAUGGAACAUCAAUGAGUCAACUUCCGGUGGAACGGACCCGAAUGUGGGUGUUGUACCACUGUCACUUCCCAGUGGUAAACAAGAGAGCCAUACGGGAGGUGAUGGACUGAUAAAAACUAAUGUAAUCAUUGUCAUAACGGCAUCAUCGACCUGUUUACUGCUAAUCUCCCUAACCAUUCUGGCGAGCCUCAGAAAGAGAUGUAAUCUCUGCCGCACAUACCACACGAAGGCCGUGAUCAACCAUGACUCGGCGGAAGUGAAGAAGAGCGAAGAACAUCAGAAAGGAAAAGAGAGUGACACGACAGACAAGCUCGAUUCUGGUAUACAUGACUGGGAAUCUGCUGAAGGAUUUCUGAAUUCUGAUGUUGCAACUUUACGAGAGAGGUGUGGCCCUACAUCGUCGGUGAUUGACAUGUAUGGAUGUACUAGUUUACAGAACGACAAUCAUGAUCGAGAUCCGUCCAUCUAUCCAGCUCUCACUAUCCUGGGCGGGACGCUAGAAAAGACUAACUUUGUCCAUCCGCUUUUCUAUGGAGAUUCCAGUCAGUAUGUCAGUCCUUGGAUUCCAUGUUCCAACUGUUCCGUAAAUCUUCAUCAAUUACAAAACCACCAUACCAAUCAACGAGACGAACAGGCUUUAUCAGACACACAAAACCACCAUACCAAUCAACGAGACGAACAGGCUUUAUCAGACACACAAAACCACCAUACCAAUCGACGAGACGAACAGGCUUUAUCAGACACACAGCAUCUCGAACAAAGACUAGUAAGACACGAGGGUACUCCGAACGGAGUUAUAGCGCAAGGUUGUCGGCAAUGUGAUACGAGGAGUCAGAAACACGUUGACACGGUUCAAAAUGUUAAUGAAAAUUCGUUUGAGUUUGUCCCCCCUGACCCCAUACUAAGUGAGUGUAAUGAUAUCACUAGUCGGAUUAUCGAACAGGGGAUGUUAGAGAUCAAUAGACACUAUUGUCGGACUGUUCCUUCCUUGGCUGAAAAUAUUGUAAAUGGUCCUUAUAUCACCGGAGCACGGGAUCCUGAGACAGAUAGGACUAGAUGCGAUAAGCUUUAUAUAAAAGAAGACACACUCUCGAGUGAUGUCAGUAUCAGUGGAAUCAGUUUAUAAAACUUGGUUUUGUAUUGCGUAGAUAUUUUCUCCGUGUUUAUUUUUAACUAAACAUAUUUUAAUUAAAUUUCGAUCAGAUCCCUUACUACAAACAGUUAUGUAUAUAUGGUAUCACCACCACCAGUGUAUACUAUGGUGUUCCAUGUUCCGUACAGGUUUAACCCUUUACGUGCACCAAGCCAAGUUCAAUAUGGAAGUGAUGAGAAUAAUAUAAAUACUGGGAAAUUAUCUACUGGAGAUAAUGACAUUAACAAACUCACGUGCUGACAGACGAUAUGUGGUAUCCUCCAGUUGGGCGCCACUGAUAAUGAGAUCCAACAGACGGCAUAAGAGGAGCCGUUUCAUGGAUGGUUGUAAAACAGUUAAUAAAUAAGGUGAUAGCAAACA